UAUAGGUGAUUAUAUGAUAUAAACAGUUGACAGUUGUAGACCCCUCAGAGAGAAACAGCUAUUAUCAUAUCAUGAGAGUUGGCUCCUUAAGAUUGAUCGAAACCUGGAGUGGGGUGUCCUGGCAGAGUCUGCCUAGUCACACUUCAGAAUGCUGGUUAACAUCACUGCUUCAGGCCAUCGAUUGGUCCAAGUAAGAGCAGCCUUCUUCCUGGUCUGUCUGAGCGUCAAUGAGCCUCCAUCAUAAAUGACGUAGUACUACCUAAACCAGAAAAUUCACAACCAGCUGGCCACCUCAUGGAAACAAAUAGUCACUAGUGCUCUUCAAAAGGCAACAGUACCUAAGGCAAAUUUGUGAAAAACGGGCCAAAACGUACACUGAAUGUCAUCUUUGUAUUUGGAUUGAAAACACAUUUUAGUGUUGGCAAAGCACCUUUGGCAUCAUAAAGAUUCCUUAGAUUAUGUAAAGAAAAAUGAACCCAAAGACUUGCAAGAGACAAUUCUUUGAGAAACAAACAAACAAAAACCCUUGAAAAUAGCAGGGAGCACAAGAACAGAAUGAAGAAAGCCAGCCAGCUGCCAAAGUCAAGGUGGUGCUGGUGAAAAGCAAAGUCAGGAUUCAGUGCUGAUACUCUGCAGUGAAUGUGCAAAUUUUUCACAUAGGAUUCCAUUUUUUAAAAAUGAGAAAUCUCAUUAUCAGCUAAGGACAUUAGUGAAUUGUUUUAAUUAAAUAGGAGCUUUGGCUAUAUUAUGCAGCUCACCACUUUUCUAGUGUCUGCUUCCUCCAUGACUCUCGAAAGAAAUCUCCAUCCCCUAACGGAAAUUACGAGUUUCUGCACCAUGUGGUCCCUGCCUGCAUCUUCAAUCUCCAUGUUGGAAACCCCACACCUCAUUUUGUUUCAUCCCCAGUCUUGUCUCUGUCUCCUUUCCUGGAUGACACCUUUCCCACACCCCACACCGGUUUCUUGUUUCUGUCAAAUCACUUCCCUCUGCCUGCAAAAUAGCUUGGCUCUUUCUGGUUCUUUUCAGAGUUCUCAUCAGAGGCCUUUCCUGACCCUUCGUCUAGUCCUAGGUACUAGCAAUCACAACUGUUUCCUGUAGUGUUUAUCAAAAUUUGCGAUGUUUUCAUCUGUUGAAUAUUUUGCCGUGUGACAAAGAAAAAAAAAAAAAGCCUUAUCCUCCAAUGAGAGAAGCUGAAUGUAAUGGGGGCAGGAGGCCGAAGAGUGACAAAAGCACAGGAAAGUCUACAGGCCCUGCUACACGCUGUCCACAAUGAGUCGCUCAAGGCAGUUCAACCGCCAGGCCUGUCAACCUUCAAGGAUGGAACCAAUCAUUCACGCUCCGCUGAGAAUUCGGGCUUUAUCUUUCUUGGUCAGCGAGCUAGGUGUGCUCCAACCCUGAGAAUCCAAGCUGGAUACACGAUUUCCAUCCCAAGACUUUCUAGGAACCCCAAGAAUGAUCCACACUUGAGUGCAAUUGCUAAGCAGUAAUUGUGAGCGAAACAACAGUGGGCGCAGCGUCCAGGCUGCGCCCCCGCGGGAUUCCAGCGUUUCAGGAUCUGGAUCUUUCACGGUCUGCCCCCACAACUUUCCAAAAAGGCGGGGCGACGGCCACAGCUGUCACCUCCCGGCGUCUACGCGGCCAGCUUUCACGUGUGCUGUGCAGUUCAAUAACAGCUCUUCUUCCGGGACUUCCUUCCGCAGCGGCCAAUCCCAGAGUCCUUCCUGUCCGAACCAUUAUCAGCCGGCAGCCAAUCAGCGCGCAGCUAUCAACGCCCCUUAAAGGCGCCGCGGCGGCCGGGGAGCCCCUGGUGGGCCGGGUCCCGGGUGGCAGUAUGGAGGCGGCCGGGGGGCGAACCCGGCCCGAGGCGGACGCCUUGGCCGUAGCGGAACCGCAGGCCGUGAGCUCCAGUGGCGGGCUGGGCCGCACACCCUCGAAGCCGCCUCCAGGGCCGAGGGCGUCUGGGGAGGAAGAGGCUGAGAACGUUGGGGUCGCGAGCCGUCACUCUCUUGAGUCCCCGGAGACCUGGAGUAGCAGCGCCGUCCACUGGCCCGAGCCGGACUCCGGGGAGGACGAGUCCGGCUCCCGAGCGACGCCAAGUGGGAUCGGAGGCCGCCGGGGGGCGCCAGGGCCCGGGCACAAGCCGCCCCUGUCCUCCGCGCACCAGGACCCGGCGCCGCCCGGGGACCCGCCUGUUUCCGGGAGCGAGCGCCGUCGGGGAAGCCCGGGCGGAGUACAGAUGAACGCAGAACGGCCGCUGCCGGAGGAGGGCGAGAAGGACGAGGCUGCGGCGGCGGCCAGAAUUGGCCGCUCGUUCUCCAGCCGCCUUCAGGACAGCCGCAGCCUGGACGGGCUGAGUGGGGCGUGCGGCGGCGGGGGCUCCUCGGCGAGCGCCGAGUGCGGCGCGGGCGGGGGACGUCGUGCCACCAUCUCCAGCCCUCUGGAGCUCGAGGGCACGGUGAGCCGGCAUGGCGACCUCACCCACUUUGUCGCCAACAACCUCCAACUCAAGAUCCGUCUUAGUGGCGCCCCUCCGGCUCUCCCUCCUGCCUCUGCGCGGCCCUGCCUAACGCCGGCACCCACUCCCACCAUCCCGCCCAUCGACCCGGAUGUGCUGAGGGAUCUGGAGCGGCUGAGUCGCGAGCUGGGCGGCCGGGUGGACCGUCUACUUCGCGGGCUGGGUGGUGCAGUGCAGGAGCUGACGGCGCUGAGCGUAGGCUGCAUCCAGACCUACCGCGACGCGGUGGACUCCUUAGGCGAAGCGGUGGACAUGAGCAUCAAGGGCAUGUACACCCUGUUGGCGCGCUGCGAGGAGCUGGAGCGGGCUCUGCAACCGGUUCAGGGACUCGCGCGCCAAGUCCGAGAUAUCCGACGCACUUUGGAGGUGUUAGAGGCCCUAUGCAAGUGACCAGGAGCACAGAGGAGACCAUGCCUGACUUGGCCAGGUCAGGGUCCAACAGUACCCUAAGGACUCCAAGGAGCCCUGGAGGGAACUGCCUGCUGGGGGGAGACCUGUGCAUUAGAGGUUCUUCCACAAGCAUUUAACUGGCCCUGUGCCUACUCAUGAGCCUAAGGAGUGAGGAUGGGGAAGUUCUAAAAGUUCUCCUUGUGGGAGGGGAUUUUGCUCUGCUUCUAUUCAGUUGGCCAUCUAUAGCUACUCUGUUCUUCCUUUUUCCCUAGCUAGAAUGCCAUCUUGGGACUAUAGGCCCUUAGAUCUCUGCUGGAGGGUGGAGGCAGGACCCCCCCCCCACCAUGUGUGCUCAAAAGGGGCCCCCAGCUCAAUUGUAGCUAUCCUGAUCCCAGUGGCCGGAUCUCAGGUGCCAGGAGCUUUAGAAGCUUGAGUGGCCCUUGGCCACACACCAUGCAGGGGUGGACACACACCUGCUGGAGGAUAACCUCUGGCUUCAUCCCUCUAGUUCCCUACAAUAACCAUGGGGUGGAGCUUUGCAUGGUGGAAGGAGUGAGGUAGGAGGUGUCUCACUGCUCAGGGUUCAGGACGAAUUGUUGCUGGUUUUGAAGCCCACCUGUUGUGGAGUAUUCUAAUCAGUUUUGGCUUUCUGAGUUUUUGUGGAAUUAAAGUGCUGCUGCUGCUGCUAAGACUGA